AUGGAGGAGAGGGUCCCCUCUUUCCCUGACCUUCAGAAACAAGAAGAAGAAGAACAUCAACAACAACCGCAACAAGGACGUCAACCACAAGUAUCGCCAUUUUCACCGUCACCAUCACCAUCUCCUCAACAACAACGACACCACCAAAUAUCAUCACCCUCACCAACACCAUCUCCAUCUCCAUCACCACAACAAUUACUCCCUCCACCACCCGGCCAAGCAGCAUUCCCUAUCACCACCGGAUCAGGACGUACCUACAUUGUUCAAGUACCUAAAACUCAGAUUUAUCGUGUUCCACCACCGGAGAAUGCUUUAAUUAUCGAACGCCACCUUAAACCUGAAAACCAGGAAAAUCCACGUUGCUCAUUCUUGUUUUGGUUCUUCAUUAUCAUCGGCGUUAUACUUGUGGUGUUGGGUGCAACUGUUGCCGUUAUAUAUUUCACUGUCAGACCUCAAGAACCUAUAUAUCUGGUUGAUAAAGUGGUCGUUCAAAACCAAGAUUCUUCGCCUCAUCGUCCUCAAUAUCACAUCACAUUAAGAAGUAGGAAUCCAAAUGAGCGAAUGGGUAUUUCUUAUCAAGAUGGAGGAAGUGCAACACUCUCAUACAAACAAAGCCAGAUUGCGAAAGGAAAUCCUCCAAGUUUGUACCAAGACAACAAAGAAACGAAGAACAUUCGAAUAGAUCUUAAGAGUUUGCAUAUUGUCUUGCCCCACGAAGUCUUAAAGAGUAUGAAAGAAACAACACCGAAAGCGAACGCAAGAAUUGCUUUGAUGUUAAGGGUAAAUGUCCCGAUGACAAUGAAAAUCGCGUUUAUCAGAUCAUGGGACCUUAAUAUGGAGAUUACUUGCAACUUUAGGCCGAAAUACUGGCUAUCGGCUAAAUUGGUUCGAAUAAGCAAUUGA